UGUUGAUUGACGUCAUCAGGUUCUGCGACAUGGAUCCGUCACCUCCGGAUAACUGUGAGAAACUGAAUGGCAUGGAGUCUAGGAAAAAGGUAUCUAACCCAAAGUUAGCUGAUACAGAAGGGUCGGCCAUGACUUUGUCAGGAGAAGAAGAAGGACUGAUUACUGAGGCCACACAAAAUUUACUCGAGUUCGCUGUGACGAAAGGACACACUAUACACACCGUGACGCAUAUGAGUCGUACACAGCUAGCGGACUUUCUACGAGAUUUUUAUGGUAAAGUAAAAGUAAAAAAUGACGACUCGCUUACACUGAAAGACUUACGAGCAGGUCUUCAUAAGUUUUUCUUGGGAGAAGUCAGCAUUGACAUUUUGCGUGAUCGUACUUUCGAGCUGGCAAACGCAACUUUUGAUCUGGCAUUGCGAGCCAACCCACGCAAGUGCCACAGGAUGCGAAUCGAGAUGGAAGAUUUGAAGAAAAUUUAUUUGAGCGAUGCUAUGGAUACAAAUAAACCAGAUUCCCUUCAAAACAAGGUGUUUUUCGAUAUCAGCCUCUACAUAUGUAACAAGGGAAAAGAUUACUUUCGGAACAUGAAGAAGAAUGAUUUCGACGUAUCAACAGAUAUUCAUGGACGUCGCUAUGUGUGGCUUAAAGAUACUUCCGUGCCGAGAGAAGAGGAAUUACCUCCUAAAUUAAAAUUAAAACGAGGAGAAGACGAGCACCCAGUUUACCAAGUUGGCGAAAGAAUGUAUGAGAGACCUGGUAAGUUCACAGGCACAUAAUUAGGCCUCACAUUGUUUGUGUGUUCUUUAAAUUGUUAGGUUAGUUAUUAUUUGUUUAUCAUCAUUACUGAUUAGCACAUGAUUCAUGAUAUUGAUAUGCUAAUGCUAUUUAUGUUAUGAUGCUUAACUUGAACUUAAAAAGAGGUCUGGGUCUGGGUAUCUCUCUGCAUCUACAUUUUAUACUUAUGCCUAUGCUCUUAGCCUGAUCCCAUUAUUAAUCAUAUUGGACAUGGCAUGGUAAUAUUUAUGCCUAAUAGCCUAAUCAGACUAAUCAAAAUGGACAUGGUAAUAACUUGAUGCCUAGUAAUAUAGCCUAGUAAUAAUUAACAUAAAUAGGUUAAUACUACUUAGAGACUUCUAGUAUUAAUAAUAAUAUUAAUAGGGCCCAUGCCUAAAAAGGUCUAAUUAAAAUGAUGUUGAUGUUAAUUUAAAAUUUAAAUGAAAUGGCUAUAUAAUUAAUUAUAAUAUAACUUACAUUUUAAUAAUUUUACUUCAAAAUACCAUUUCAUCAAUUUAGUCCUCAAUAAACUUAUUUGAAUAGCAUUUUCUUUAAACAAUAUUUUAUUUAAUUUAAUAUGAUUUAAUCAUUAAUGUUAUUAUUUCAUUUUCAUAUUAAAUAACUUAUUUGGGCUGUUUCAGAUUUAGUGGCCCACGUUGACUUUGUUAUGCUUAGGCAUAGGGAUUGAUUUAGGGUUCGGGUUAGGCUUAGGGAUAGAUUUAGGGUUUGGGUUAGGCAUAGGGAUAGAUUUAGGGUUCAGGUUAGGCAUAGGGAUCGAUUUAAGACGUAAAAGUGCGCACAUGGAAAUAAACGCGGGCCGCGUUCUCUGAAUUUACCCUUAUUUGUACAAAACAGAUUAUUUUUUUGGAAAGGGAUCUGAGUGAUCAUAAACAGUCAAUAUUCACAUAUAUUGUGUGCUAUUAAAAAUAUGAUGGGACCAAAAAUAGCAUGGUCUUAGCAAUUCAAACUGGUAGAGAAAAUUUAAAAUGUGAAUCAUUUUCUAUGUUUUUUCCUUGUUUUUUUUUUUACAAGGAAAAAACAUAAAGUAAAGUAUAAAUAUAUCACAUUUAUUAUUAUCAGUUUAACUAUUUGCUCAAAUAAAAGACAUUUAAGAUCAACCACACUCUCAGCCAAUUAUAUUUCAAUCACCGCUAAUCUUAAUUUGACAUUUUAAAAAAAAACUUUGUAAAUUUAAACCGAAAUAUUGAAAUAGUAAUAUGAUCAUGUUUCUUCUAAAAUUUCAUAAAAUCAUAUGUUGUCUAUAAUUAAUGCAAGCCAUAUUAUAAAUAUAUACAUUGUUUAAUGUUGUUUAUUAAAAAAAAAAUUAUAUAAAUCAUAGACAUUUAAAUAAUAUUGAUUAAAUAGAAUUUAUUUGGUCCUGUGGUGUAAAGGUAAACUAAUAUCUCUCAUUGAUAAGAGAUAGUGUGUUCCUAAUUGUGGAGUCCUUCCAUUAUAUGGGUAAAAAGCUUGGGGAAAUGGACUCAGUCCAGUAGGUCAGCUUUUCUUAAGAAUAAGGAAUAUCUACAAUAAAAAACGCUGAAGUACCCGGUGCAAAGAAGGCACCAUAUUGGUUGGAAAUAUAAAUUUGCUUCAUACACUAAAAUAACUAUACUUUUUACAGCUAUGAUGCUUCUAUCAAUUUAAACAACUUAAUUUGAAUUUAAAAACCAAGACUGGUGUAAAUGUUAUUUUGUAAAAUAAAUGAUUAAUGUAAUAAUAUCUUUGGAGAAAUAACACGUUAUUAAAUAUUCUUUUUAUAUUUAUAUAUAUACAAAGAGCUUAUUUAUAUUAGGUUUUAAACUUUCAUGAAGUAGCUUGAUAUUUUUGUCUUUAUUUUCUAAAGUAAGUGAUGCUGGCUUUAAUUUAAGAUUAUCCGUUGAUGUUUGUUAUAUUUUUAAUAUUUCAGGAGAUCCAAGGUGUCCACUUUCAUCUUUCUUGAAGUAUGUGACUCAUCUUCACCCAAUGACGGAUGCUUUCUGGCAGAGACCAAAACGUAAUGUGUCCCAAUCUGACUAUGUGUGGUAUGACCACGCACCACUGGGCAGCAGCACCCUGACUAAAAUCAUGCAGAGAAUCUCUCUCCAGGCUGGUGUGUUAUCAAAAUUUUAUUCUUAGCUUAAGUGUAUGCACACAACCACUAUGUGCUCACAUCUAAGCAUAAAACUUCCAAACUCAUUUGAAUGACACUAUUAACACAAGUCUAUUUAGACAAUUUAAAAAAAAGCACACUGGUGUUUUCAAAGGCUAAAAGACUUUUCUGAUGUUAAUCACCUUCUAAUAAGCAUCCAAGAAAAUCUUAAGCUAAAAAAAAUUGAUGCUUGAAUUUGGAUUUUUGCAACAUUUGGUAGUGAAAUUUAAGUUAAAUUUUGCACCGUCUUUAUUUUAAAAAACAACUAAAAGUAUUCUUUUAAAAAGAGCGCAUAUUUCUGGAUUUUAUCCUUAAUUAUCAUCAUUAUUAGUGGCACUACAGUCCAUUUAGGGCCCUGGCCUGCUCCACCACAUCCUUCCAUUCGGAUGGAUCCAUGGCUUUCUGCCUCCAUUUGUGUACCCCCCGCUGAUGUAAGUCCGUUUCGACAUUGUCAGUCCAUCUCAGUCUUGGUUGACUGGUGAGCCAGGUUACUUCCUGUAGAUCAUUUUAGAUGCUCUUCAAUCUGGCAUCCUCUCACGGUGUCCUGUCCAGCACAGUCUGUAUUUUUUAAUUGUUGUGACUAUGGAUGGGUCUUCAAACACAUAAUAUAUCUCUUGGUUUUUAAUUUAUUCAUCCAUCAUUGUCUAGCAAUGCAGCAUAUAUUGUCCAUAUUAUUUAUGCAAAACAAUCCAACUUUAUUCACAGGUUUGAGUGACAAUUAUACAAACUAUUCAAUCCGCUCGGCAUGUAUUCCUUUAGUUGAGGCUGUUUGUGAAGAGGCAUUGCAGUUGGAAAAUGGUGUCCUACCACAAAAAUUGGUGCAGGCUGUUGAUAUCAUUAAGCCAUCAGGUAAGCCACGAUAAGUGAUACUAAAUAAAAAUAAUUACUUGUUUCUACAUCAAACCUUAUAAAUAAUUGGAACAUUUUAUAACACAUAAAACCAGUUUCAUUUUUAAAAAUAUUGUUUUAUUUAUUUUUAAAAAUAAUAAUUUAAAAACCCUUAUAAUUCUUUUGGUACACUGUUACAUAGAGCAAAAAAAUGUGUUAAUGAGUGCAUAUCUUAAUGGAAGUAUGUAUUUAAAUUGCAGGAGGUUUAAUGUCUCAUUCAGCAUCAGAAGACUUGUCCAGUGAUGAUGGCUUGUCCCACACUUCUGAGAUUCAUGGUAAUCACAAAGAUGGUGAUGUGAGGGAGAGACCCCCAGGAUUGUCCAGUUCUGUUGGAUCUGGUAGCAUGGAUACAGAAGAUGGAGAUCAUUUUGGUUAGUUAAACAUUUUUUUUCAUUUACAGCAGAUUUUAUAAUAUUUUAUGUAGAAUAUAUAUUCAAUAUAAAAAUGACAAUAUAUGCAACACUAUACGACUCAUCUUUAUUCAUUUGAAUAUUAAAAAUAUUUAAAAGAUUUUAAGUAUUAAAACGUAAUAAUAAUAUUUUAAAUAGUGAGCGUUUUAGUUUUUAUUGAUAUUUGAUUUACGGAAGUUGAAAAAAGCGCAAAGGUUCAAACUAUUUACAUAUAUAUUUAAAAAGUAAUUAAUAUUUAUUUUUUUAAAGCAAUGCAUUAAAGAUUUUGAUUAACUAGUUUAAAGUUGAUGAUUCUAGCAAAAAUAAUUCUUUAUGGGAUUUAAAAUAAACUUUUUCAUAUUUUUGCAACAUCAUAAAUUUUGGGGAUCCUUUCUGUUUUGUAACAAUUAUAUCUUCAGUAACAUGAUGUUUAACUUCUUGAAUAAAUUCAGAAUAGUUACCCACUGAUAUUUACUGACAUUAGAUGCAGGGGAAGAAAUUGAUCCAAAUUGAAUAAUAACCUUCUCAAGGAGAUAAACCUUAAAAUGUCACCACCAAUUGACAAUAAUUUUUCAGUUAGUUUUUGUGAGGAUGUCACUAGCUACUUGCGUCAUUGCCUGAAAUGGUUCUAUUGAUUUUUCCCCCUCACAUUAUUGGAUUUUUUCCCUGCUGCACCAUCCUUGCCCAAGAGAGGAAUUUUUGAUACUGAGUAAUUAACAAAAGAAAAAAAGUUUUUGUAUAAAAGACUGGCAUGGUUGAGAAAUCUAUGGUAAUGUUAAACAAUAAUUCAUAUAUGAAGCCAUUUUAAGUCUACCUUGAGCAGUAUUUGAAAAAAAAUUUUUUUUAUUAUACUCUUAUCCUGUUAGUGUCAGUUUCAGAUUUAACAUAUUAAAUUUGAUCUACAUUUAAAAAAAAAAAAUUAAAAAAUAAGAUAAUAAACACAGCUUCAUUGUAAUAUGUUACAUUCAGCAUUUUUUAUUUUUUCAUAUGCAUAAUUGCAUAUUUGUAUAUUAUAGAAAAAAAAGAAUUGAGAGCUAGACUUUAUUUGUAUACUUUAUUUGUAUAAAUUAAAACUAUCGAUUCGUAAAAUUAUUGGAAUGUCAGAUUAAGGUCACAGAAAACUGAGAUUCAUAUUAUUUAAAACAAUCUACAUUUUUUUCUUGCUGAAGUAUCUAUUUAGGAAUUAAUAAUGCUGUUUUUGUCAUUGUUCUACUUCCUGUGUCUAAAGUACACAAGACAUAGGCCUGCAUUUCUAGUUGUGUUUUUGUUUCCUGUACAUUUGUUGGACUAGACUUUCAUCAUCUUUUCUGCUUUUUAUUUAAAAGAAUUUAAUCACUUUAAUUGGCAGUUUGCAAUCCAAUAAGCUCCUUUAUCCCACAUGUAAAUUUAAUAAAGGUUUUAUGGAGUUAUUUCAUUCGAAUGACCUAUAUCAGUGAUGGUGAACCUUUUAGAGAAAGUGUGUCCAAACUGCAACCCAAAAUCCACUUGUUCAUCGCAAAGGCAUGCUGGGAGAAAGGACUGUGUGCCCCCUGCAUCUUGAAUGCUAUAAAUUUACCACCACUGAGCUAGACUAAGUGAAUGCUUACCCUGUGACUUAUUAUACAAGGAUGCAUAUUGCCUAUUUGCUGUAAAAUUUGUUCUACUCCUAGCUUUUUUUUUUUUUUUGCUUUUAAAUUUAAUAUUUUUAAAAAUUUCAUAGUCGUUUAGAUUUGUAUGGUCCAGACCAUGCUUUAUAUGAUAAACGUGCCUGAGAUAAGUGUGUUUUAUUUUUUCCACCACUGAGCUAGACUAAGUGAAUGCUUACCCUGUGACUUAUUAUACAAGGAUGCAUAUUGCCUAUUUGCUGUAAAAUUUGUUCUACUCCUAGCUUUUUUUUUUUUUUUUGCUAUUAAAUUUAAUAUUUUUAAAAAUUUCAUAGUCGUUUAGAUUUGUAUGGUCCAGACCAUGCUUUAUAUGAUAAACGUGCCUGAGAUAAGUGUGUUUUAUUUUUAAUGAUUAAAAAAAUAAAUUUGUUGCAGGUCUUAUGCAGGCAAAGACUCAAGUGCUUGAUCUAAUACGAGGUCUGAUGGUCAAAGAUAUUCAGAAGUUUGUGGAUUGGCUUAAAACAGUCCGAGUUCAGUAUAGUGCUGGAGGUAGGAUAUAGUGACAAAGAAUCUGAUUAUAAUGUUGCACACUAUUUAUGAUGCUAAGAUUAAUUAGGAUUGAAUUUCUAAGAAAUGUUGGUGCUGUUGAUCUACAAGUAAACACAAUUUUUACUUUGAAUAAAGUAAUGAGGCUAUUUAUUAAAAAUUCCCACUAAUUGUUUGUUUUUGCUGUUUUCAGAAUUAAUUGUUUUAUGCAGCCCUGUUGACAAAAGUAAUGUAGAGCCCAUUCCAGAUGACAUUAUGGUGGACAGAAAUGGUAUUCCCUCUCGCAAUGGCACUCCUGAUCCCACUUUUAAAAAGUCAAGCAGUCUGGAUCUAUCUGAGAAGCGACAGCGGCUGAAAAAAGAAUCCUCUCUGACUGGUGACCCAUUGAUGGAAAAGCAUGAUCUAUCAGAGAUGACAGGCACCACAAUCAAGCAAGUUGAAUUUAGUCAUGUUGCAGGUGUAUAUUGUUCCUCUGAGGAGUUUGGGCCUAUGAAGAUAAGCAUACCCACCCAAGAUACCAUGCUAGUUACAGGUGUCCCAGAGAAUCUCCAGGUGAUGUUGCAUAAAAAGCGAGGUCCUAUCUUUAACCAAGAAUCACUGCCCGAGAGGAUCUUCUGCUCAGAGAAUGAAAUGGAUGUAGCUGAAGUUGUGGCUACUCUAGGUACAAAUAAUAGAAAAUCAAAGCAGCGAAGCAGCCUGAGCAGCAGCAGUUCAAUCUCUACUUUUUGCAACAAUUACCAUGUCACAUCUGAGUCUCAGAGCAAGCACCAGCUAACUGUACUGCAGCAUCAGCCUCAUCCAGUGAUGGUGACUAUUCCAGCUGCCCACACCCCUAUUGUUACUACUCUAAGUGCAAGGGAACAUUUCAAGGACCACAGGAAUAAGUCUGUUGGAUGCCUAGACACGCCCCCUGCAUUGCCAGAGGGAGUCAUGCUUAAACGAGUGUCAAGCACAGGAACACCAGUCCUCAAGAGGCAAGCUCAUGUCCUAGACACAGGAAUGUACCCCGAAAACCUCACAGUCAAACGAGACCAUGAUGAUAAUCAAGCCACUAAUCUUUCGAUGAAACCUUUAAAGAAAAUGGAGUCGCUGGAAGCUAAGCGAGCAAGAGCGGACCGUCUGGCAGAUUCUCUCCGGUACCAUCAAGAAAUCCUCCAGAAUUCUCCACUUAUCAAACGUCCUGGAGAGAGAAAUUUCUCAGGAUUCAGGCACUGCUAUGCCAACACAGUGAGUCAUGCAGUCAAAGUAGAGCCUCUAGACACAUCCUACAGUUGAUGUCUGUCAGCCAAGAGUUGUGGCUAAAAGUUUUUUAAAGCAGUACCCAUGCUGCUUUGGUUCCAAGUUGGGAUCCUUGUUGUGGCCCUUGCAGCUAUUCUGUCUGCGGCAUUUUAUUUUCAUUACACCAUUGUCUGCAAACUCCUGUUGAAAGUUGGUCUUGUGUUGGUUGUUUUAUAAAAAAAACAGAAGAGAAAAGACCAACUUGUGAGGGUAAAGUUUCAUGGUUUGGUUUACUGGUGUUUUAAUAUUUUUAAAUUAAAACACCAGAGCAGGCUGUUUUCCUUUGGGAAAAGUACAGUUGUUCAUUAUAAUAAUAUUUUUUCUGAGAAAAGUUUUGUUUUGUGAUAUUGUGCGACAUGGUAGUUUUGAAUAAUUUUCCCACUCAUGCAUUGUCAACUUGGUUUGUUCAGCUUAGACAAACAAACAAAUUGUGAAUAUUAUAAUGCGUGCUUGUUGAUGUUAAUUUUGUAGCCAAGGCUUUUAAAAAUAAUUAUAUAACAUAGCUGUUAGAUUUAUAUUAAUGUAC